AUGUUGAGGAAUGAGUGGCCAGUUAUUCAUGAAGGAUUCUGCAUGUGGGAAACUGUUGAUGAUGCGAAUGAACCGGAUGUGUCUCACACUAUUGUACGGGUGGAUACCGAAAGGUCAAGAAUUUCAGCGGAGCGAAUCUGCUCAUUAAUUAGUGAGCAGGGAAGUCUAGAAAGUCUCAGCUUAGAAGAAACAAAGCCUGUGCAGAUUCCUGCGGAAAGAGUAUAUCGUAUGUGGUAUCCGGAACAGAUGCGCGAGCAAGAUCUACGAACUGAUUUUGUGAUAGGACCCAAGUUGCGGCAACGGUUACUCAAUUAUGUAAGGAAAAAGUGCAGGAGGAAUAUAAAUAAUUCUUAUACUGUUGAGGAUCUUGAUCCUUUUGCACGUGCUGAUAUAGCACAUGAAGUUAGCGAUGUACUUCGUCAGUUUACCGUUAGCAUAGCUGUCAGCGACGGAGGAAUAUCCGAGUUACUACCAAACGGAAAAUCCAUGUCACUUAUAGUCGAUGUACCAAAGGAUGAAGAUCUUGGGAACUAUUGUCGUUUCUUUUGCAAAAAUAGUGUGCGUGCGUGCCGCUUGAAGCAGAGCGAGCGUCGUGUUUUAGCGAAUUAUUUUCUUUCAAAUAGGAUGGUGAAGUUCAAAGAUCCGGCGGUUAUCCAGUUUGCUACGGUUGAGGAUAGUGAAAAAGCGCUGCGAACGCAUUCAAGUUGUGGUCGAAAAGUGGCUGAUUACCUUUCUCGAAUUUUCAUUGUUGGAUGUGAUGGUUGGAAGAAUACAAUUAACGUCACUAUGACUUUUCGUGUCAAGUGGUAUAAGCGACCAUCCAGUGGGGUAGGAGUCGUGCAGUUCAACACUCCGAGUGACGCUAAGUUGGCGUCGGAUGUAUUAUUCUAUCACGGGUAUUUAGAAGCCGAGCGGCAUACCUGGUUUGGGAGUGAUAUUAAGUCGAUUAAGUACAUAUCUAACUGCUAUCAAUCUGAUCGGCAAUUUGAUUAUCAUAUUCGAGAACUUCUUGAGCCGAAUGGCAUCCACAUUGUUCGUGCUUAUCUGGAAAGAGUUACCACAUGUAGAAAUGAUUUGAGUGUGAAGGUACAACAACAGAUCAGUCGCGCCGUAGCUGAGUAUCUGAUGAGGCGUCGCUUGUGGGAUGGACAUGAUCCUUUGUUACGUACGAAAUGGAGAGCUCUGCUUUCCUCCAAUGAGUUACCAUGGCGUUGGCAUGUGCUGGAUGUGGGGGAUAAUGAGGAUAUUGCCACUCCCUGUGAGGCAAAUCUGAUAUUUUAUGAUGUGGAACAAGGCCUAGAUUUGAUAUUUAUAAAGCCAGUUUACUGGAUAACAGUCCUAGUUACAAAAGAGGUGCGACUUGCUUGUGAUUCUUUUAUAAGGCAACUCAACGACGAAGAAACAGCGGCAGCUCACGCCACAAACGAGGAAAUGAACUAUUUGAAAAUUGUUGAUUUAACAUGGAAUAAGGGCCACAAUAACUGCGAUGACGUUGAUACCAGUAUAGGAGAGCUGAGCGUGCAAGGAUGGCCAGUACGGCGUGUUCAGGAGGUGGCUACGCGUUUGGUAUCAUUGUUCGAAGGCACUUAUAUAAAUUGCUCUGAUGAAGUUUAUGGACGCCUCUUAUAUGGACAUGCUUUCAAGCUGAACGAAGUGAUUACUCUUGGACCACCGCGCUAUUUGUUCUACAUGCGUGACGUACUAUGCUUCGGCGUCGGCAUAGACAGACUGAGGCUGUUCCCAUCAUGGGUCAAGCCUGGUGACACUGAGCCAUCUCCACUUCUUGUCUACAAAUGGUGCCAGGGAGGAUGUAGCAUGAUGAUGGAGGCUAAAUUGGAGAAAGUAGUUAAAAAGAUAGAUUUGGCACUGCUGAAUAUUGCUGAGGCUGUACAUGUCGUCAAAGAACAACGUUCUCAUAAAAUACAAAGAUAUGAACCACACGAUUUGCUUUGCAAUCAUCAGAGACUUCAGUUUGUUUUGUUCAUCGUACAGUACUACGGUUUGGUGCUCGAUCUCCUCAUUCUCGGUCUGCAACGAGCAGAGCGAUGAUUCCUGCUUCAGGCCACCAAAGAAUGUACUGCACAGUGUUUCCUGAAAGUCGACGAAGAAUCCAUGUCCAAGUUUCAUAAGAGAAUCGGACAGAUUCAUAUGUCCUCUGAUCAACGAUUUUCACAAACAUCUACUUUUUAACCUUUCUCUCUGAUUUGUAUUGCGCG